UUGCCACCCAUGGCCCGGCCCCUUUUUUUAAUCCCCCACCGCCGCCAUGGCCCCCCCAGGGACCCUCGGCCUGGUCCUGCUGCUGCUGCUCGCCCCAGGAUUGGCCGCGGCGCAGUCAGAAUGUUCCGGGUGCCUCCCAGGGCCUGGACCAAUCACGGCGCUCGUUGUUGGUGACGUCAUCCUGACGCUCUUGAUUGCGGGCGGAGCCUAUUGGCUGGCAUGGCGGAGCCACAGAGCCCCGCCCAAGCCCCGCCCACUGGAGCCGGAGUCGCACUACCAGGAGCUGCAGGGCGCGCGCGGGGACAUCUACAGCGAGCUCAAGCGCUGAGCGCCGCCUCCCCCGCGGCCUCCGCCCUCUAUUGCCGCCAUUAAAGCGCUUUUUUGCCCCUUCCGCAGCCAUUUUUGUCCGUUUUUCGCUGAUUUCGCCCCAAUUCCGCCUUUGUUUAUUAAAAACGGGGAAGUGCUGUCGCGCUGAGUGACGUCACCGCGCCGCGCCGGAAGUGCCCUUCAGGCGGGCGGAAGUGGCCGUGGCGGUUCCAGCCAUGGCGGCGUCGGCGGCUCCCGGAGCGGCGGGGCCGGGAAUGGCGGCGGGAGGCGGGCCCGGUGCCGCGGUGGUGGCGGCGGGGCCCGGAGCGGUGGCGGGAGGCGGCGGGGCCGCGGUGAAGAGCGGCGAGGAGCGGCUGAAGGAGAUGGAGGCGGAGAUGGCGCUGUUCGAGCAGGAGGUGCUGGGCGCUCCAGGCCCCGCCCCCGGGGACCCUUUGGCCCCGCCCCCCGUCCUGCGUCCGAUCAUCGCCACCAACACCUACCAGCAGGUCCAGCAGUCCCUCGAGGCUCGCGCCGCCGCCGCCGCCACCGUCCCCCCCUUGGGGACACCGCCGGUGCCAUUCGUGGGGCCAGCAGUGUCACCGCAGCGGCCGCCGAUCCUGCGCCCGGCAUUCGUGCCACACGUGCUGCAGAGACCAGCGGGUCCCCGGGGUCCCCUGGCCCUGCGCCCCCCCCCCGGGGCCAUGGUGGGGGUGGGGCCUCCCCUGGGGGCCCCCCCCGCCCCCCCCCUGCUGCUCGCCCCUCCCCCACUGCAGAGACCGCCCCCCACCCCCCCCCUGGGGGCGCCCUUGGGCGGGGGAGGGGCCCUGAGAGCGCCCGGAGCGGCCGGCGGGGGAGGGGCUCCGGUGCCCCCCCUGCCCCCGGUGGCCGCGGGGGGACCCCGAGUGCCCCCCCCGGGCCCCCCCCCGGGCCCCCCCAAACCGACCCCGCCCGUCAUCCAGGCCGCGCCCACCGUGUACCCGGCCCCGCCCCGCCGCGCCCCGGAGGAGACCCCGCCCCCUCGGGCCCCGCCUCCCGAGGAGCCUCGGAUUGGUCCCAGCCUGCCGGCUCCGCCCCCCGCCAUGGCCACGCCUCCUCCGGAGCCGCGCCCUGGCCCCGCCCACAUCGCGCCAGUGCCACGCCCCCUGCGCAGGCCACGCCCACAGGACCCGCCCUUCCCUGUGCCUGAGGUGGGGGCGGAGCCUGCGGCCGAGGACAAGCGGAAGGGGCGGGGCGAGCGGCUGAAGCGCUGCAUCCGCACGGCGGCCGGGAGCAGCUGGGAGGAUCCCAGUCUGCUGGAGUGGGACGCUGACGAUUUCCGCAUUUUCUGCGGGGAUCUCGGGAACGAGGUGAACGACGAGACGCUGGGCCGCGCCUUCGGGCGCUUCCCGUCCUUCCUCAAGGCCAAAGUGAUCCGGGACAAACGCUCGGGCAAGACCAAGGGCUACGGCUUCGUGUCCUUCAAGGACCCCAACGACUACGUCCGGGCCAUGCGCGAGAUGAACGGGAAGUACGUGGGCAGCCGGCCCAUCAAGCUGCGCAAGAGCCAAUGGAAGGACCGGAACCUGGAGGUGGUGAGGCGCAAACAGCGCGAGAAGAAGAAACUGGGGCUGAGAUAGCCCAGACUGGGACAGACUGGGACAAACUGGGAGGGACUGGGAUGGAGAUAACCCAGACUGGGAGGGACUGGGAUGGAGAUAAACCCAACUGGGAUAAACUGGGAGGGACUGGGAUGGCAAUAAAGUUGAUGUUAGAGCUGUACUGGAGUGUUGGAGUGUGACUGGGAGGAACUGGGAGGGACUGG